UGCUACUACAGAUAUCUCAGAUAAAGCUUCUUCUGCAAAGACGUUCAGAAGAAAUUUUAAUUAUUACCAAAAGAUCACAACAAAAUCAAUCUGUGUAAAGAAAUUAAAAGUGUAACGAAACUUGAUCGUUUAGGAUAUUUGAUUCCAUGACCAGGGUUUAACAUGUUCUUUAUGGCAGGACAUCCCCAUUGUUAAACUACCUUGACAACGGAAAGGAAAGAAAGUGAGGUACGACCUUUGAUCAAAAAAGUAGCGCGUAUUUGGUAACAAUUCUUGCGGAGUUUAACAAGCUCAACAUUGCGGAGUAUAUUGUGAUACAGGGUUAUUGGAGCAGUGAUCUAAAGGAUGCAUGCCACAGUUAUAAUCACGGUGUUGGUAGCAACAGGAAAUCUUAUCUUUGGGACCACGGAGAGUGCCUCUGUAAACGUGACAUUGCCAUCAAGUACAGCAAUAAUGAAUGGCACCAAGAUUGACUUUGUAUUAGAUGCAUUUGAUCCCCCUUCAUCAAGUAGUUUAUAUGAUCAAAUGAAAUUUGGCUAUGAAAAGACAGGCGCAGGAUUUGUCAGCCUCUACAAGUACAAUAAAUUUACAUCUGUUUUUGAUCUUAACUCUCCGACACCAGCAGAAUUGGUUGGGAGGUUGACCACCUCUAUGGCUGGAAGUAAACCUAUGAUAUCAGUUUCUCCUAUAUUGUUCACAGACGAAAAUUAUCAGUUUUAUUUUGAGCUGGACUUUUACAAAACUGGAGGUGUCUCAGCCAAGGUUUUGAGCCAGAAGUAUUUGCUGCAAAAUGUGUACUCUUUGCCGACAUUUAACGAUGCAGAAUCGAUGCAAGCUUCAAUUACUUUAACUGAAGGAAGUACCUCUUCAAUACAAUGCGUUGUGAGCAGUCGACCUGUUUCAACUGUGACGUGGUCAUACAACAAUGCAACGAUCAAUGCAACUCAGUCAUCAACGACUUCAACUAGUGGCAGUAUCAUUAAAGCGACGAGCGUGUUAAGGAUUAGAAAUCCAUCUUUGUUACUUAAUCGUGAAAAAGUAACUUGCUUUGCAUCACAUCAGUUCUCUGCUGCUGUGAAUCGCACAACGAUCAUCAAUGUUCAAUACCGUCCAAAGAACACUUCGUUUUCUGUGAUACCAGCUACGCCAAAACUAAACCAAAACAUAACACUGACAUGCAGUGCAAUUGGCAAACCAAAUGUCACAAAAUACAGAUUCUACAUCAGCGAUACGUCUAUUGGAAAUUCAAACAGUGGGUCAUUGACUGUAAAUGCUAGUGACUGCACCAGGUAUAAUGGGAAUUACAAGUGUGUUCCUGAAAGUAGUAUAGGAGAUGGAGAAGUUAAGACCCAAUCCGUUGUUGUGACAGAUGAUAUCAAAGUCAGCUCAAGAAGAUCAGCGCUAAUAGCCAUAGAAACACAAAAUGUUACGCUCACGUGUGAUGUGUCCGGGUGUCCUUUGCCCACCAUAAUAUGGCAGAAAUAUGGAAAUCCGUUAAACAGAUCUGGUAGCAGUUUGCAGUUGAGCAGUGUCAGUAAAUCAGACAGUGGGCAGUAUUCUUGUCACGCGGAAAAUGGAUACACGAAUGCGUCUGCACAAAUUCAAGUCACUGUUAAUUAUAAACCAAUGUCCACAACUUUCACAGCAUCGAUCGCCAAACCAACAGAAGGAUCAGCAGUGACUUUCAACUGCAGAACCGAUUCCUUGCGAACGGCAAAAUACAGGUUCUAUCGUGUUGAUGAUAGCGGGGAUGUGUUAGUGAGCAGCUCUGGUUCAGAGAAAAGUGGGGUGUACACAGUAUCAAGUGUCAGUUACAGUGGUGCAUACAAUGUCACUUACAAAUGUGUUCCAUACAACCUUCUGGGAAAUGGUGUGGCUGCAAAUACCACAAUCGAAAUUCAGGUUCGACCUCGAAUUAUGGUAUCAGCAAUACCUAGUGCAGUGAAUGAGACACAAACUGCUGUUAUCCAAUGCAAGGUCUUAGCUGCCAACCCUGUUCCGUCUCUCGCCAUCACAAAUGCCAAUGGCCUUUCCAUUACCCACACAAACGGAGAUGUAACAUUAAGUAGUGUCACGGCUGAUCAAGCUGGAAUGUACAAGUGCACAGCCAGCAACGGAAUUGGGCAACCAGUCACUGGAAAUACCACGUUGACUGUCAAUCACAUACCAGACAAGAUCAACCUUACAUCUUCCAACAACAAACCUGUCAAUGGUUUGUCUGUCACGUUAGCUUGCUCUGCUCGUGGAACCCCUAAACCUCAGUACAGGUUUUACAAUGGUCUCACCAACUCAAUUGUCCAGGACUCUUCCAGUGGAACUUACGUCACAGGUCUUCUGAACUAUGAAGCUGUAAGAGAUUAUCGCGCAAUUUUUCGAUGUGUACCUCACAAUAUGAUGGGAAAUGGAAAUACAACUUCGAUAGCUCUUGAUAUUCAAGUGCCACCAAAGAUUAUUUCCUUUUCAAUUACUCCACAAAAUGUAAAUGAAACUGGAAAUGCAGACAUAGCUUGCGUUGUUGCUGCUGCUGCUAAUCCAACUCCAACGGUAACACUUUUGCGCCCAACCAACGAAACAAUACAGUUAAGAAAAGAUAGCAUUCUUAUCUUUGAAAAAUUGACUCGCAAUGAUGCCGGCAUUUAUUCGUGUAGUGCAAGCAACGGUGUGCCUGGAUCACCGGUUACAAAGACUGCUGCUCUUUCUGUCAAUCACAUACCAGACAAGAUCAACCUUACAUCUUCUAACAACAAACCUGUCAAUGGUUCGUCUGUCACGUUAAUUUGCUCUGCUCGUGGAACCCCUAAACCUCAGUACAGGUUUUAUAAUGGUCUUACCAACUCAAUUGUCCAGGACUCUUCCAGUGGGACAUACAUCACAGGUCCUCUGAACUACAAAAUUGUAACAAAUUACAGCGCAAUUUUUCGAUGUGUACCUCACAAUAUGAUGGGAAAUGGAAAUACAACUUCGAUAGCUCUUGAUAUUCAAGUGCCACCAAAGAUUUCCCUUUCAAUUACUCCGCAAACUGUCAAUGAAACUGGUAAUGCCAACAUUGCCUGUGUUGUUGUUGCUGCUAAUCCAACUCCAGUUAUAACGAUCUUGAAUCCCAUGCACCGAACAGUAUCGCACACAAAUGGCGCCGCUGCUCUUACCAAUUUGUCUCGCAAUGAUGCCGGAAUUUAUUCGUGUAGUGCAAGCAACAGUGUGCCUGGGUCCCCGGUUACAAAGACUGCUACUCUUUUCGUCAAUCACCGACCAGACAAUGUCAGAAUAAAAGCAUCAAGUCUGAGGCUAUUAAAUGGUUCAGCCGUUACAUACACGUGUUCUGCACGUGCCAAUCCGCCUGCAAGAUACAGGUUCUACAAAGUGACUGGAUCAACUGUAAAACUUGUCCAGGACUCCGCUUUUGCCGUGUACUGGAUCAAAAAGAUCAAUUAUGCAGAUUACAUUGGAUUUGAAGCAACUGUAAAAUGCAUCCCAUACAAUUCCUUUGGGGAUGGUCCAAGCAGGAAUGCAACAGUGUAUAUUCAAGUGAACCCACUAAUAAGUGUACCAUCUUCACUUACUGUUAAUGAAGGCAAAAAUGUCACCUUAAAUUGCACUGUGGUGGUAGCCAAUCCUGCGCCUGCAAUAACUUGGAAAGGCCCAGCAAACAAUGUCUUAUCACACACCAAUGGAGUACUUUUUAUGCCAUCAGUCAGUAGGAGCCAGAAUGGAACAUACACAUGCCAAGCUUCAAACGGUCAUGGAAUGCCUGCUACCAAGACGUCCUCUCUAUUUGUGCACUAUGGAUCCGAGUUCACGAGCAACAGCUCUAGCAUAACUGCUUGCAGGCCACAAAGACCUAUCAUUAGAUGCGUUGCAGAUGGCUUUCCUGUACCAACAGUUAGAUUAAUGUUUUCAAAUACUGAGAAGGCAAGAGGACAUGGACAAGUUACUCAUGUAAUAACUGACUUGGCAGACAGUACCUUCGGAGUAUACACAUGCUUGGCAAACAAUACCGUCAAGGAAGUGAACAUAACUAGAACCUUGGUUAAAAAAGAUGCUCCUGAUCCCGUAACAAAUGUUGGCCUAAAAUCAACUACGUACAGCAUCGAAGUAGCAUGGCGCUUGCCCGUGUGCAAAGGAGUGCGAGGAAUAAAAGCAAUCAGGGUAAAAUACAAAAAGAUUGGCGUCUCAAACUGGGAAGCAAAGAACGAAACAAAAAGUACCAGCAAGGCCAUUAUUGCUAAACUAGAUAGUGACACAGAAUAUGAAGUGCAAGUGUUUAUUGUUGAUGGAAAUGACGAAGAGCAUCCCAGCCUCCGGUUUUCAAAAAGAACAGGUAAUGUUUCGGGAUAUCUAUUGUGUAUUUGCUGUUUCCAACUUUGUUGUUCAUGCUUCCUGAGAAUUUCUACUUACCAUUCUUCGAAACUUUAUUGAGAUAUUUUGAUAAAAUUAUUUUGUAUCUUAUUGUUGGAAAUGUUGCUUCUUUAUCUGAUACCUAAUAAAACCUGCAUUUUCUCAUGAUACAUGAAACUUAACUGUAUUCCGUGUAUUAUUUUGUUGCACGGUAUUUUACUGAGAUUGAUGAUAUUCUUGAUGUAACAGAACUUUGAAUAAUAUUACAGUAUUUCACUUGAUAUUCUUCAUUUUACUCCUUUUGAUUCAAUCUCACUUCUCACACGAUAUUGUUGUCAUACACAUUUGAUAUUUUACAAUGUUAAGUGAUAUUGUCCUGUUUUACUAGCUAUCAUGAUAUAUGACAUUCUGUUUUGAUAUUGCUAAAUGACACUUCAUUGAUUUUUAUGACAUUUAUCAUGUCUGAUGAUACCAUAUAGUAUUAUAUGUUGGUUUAUUGAUAUACGUUUAUCAUAAUGUUGUGAUGUGCUACGAUCAGAUAUUUUACCUUUGUUCUUGAUAUUUCACAAUAUUGGCCGAUAUUGGAUUAUUUUGCAUGAUAUCAUAUUAUUUAUCUUGAUGCUUCACAUUUGUAUGACGCUAAGAUAUGUUUAACUAUAACUAUAGUGUGCUUUGCUUAAUGCUUCGUUUCAUAUUAUUCAUUAUACGCUGCUCAAUCUUCGCUUUAUGGCCCUAUUAGGUGUUUUUAAUUGAUGUUCGUCUUUCUACAUAAUUUCAUUUUGUUUUUUCUAUGUUAUUUCGAUAUUUUACAUUACACAGUAGAAUAUUUUCUUGCACAAUAUUCCACUAUCAUGUAUGACACAAUUACAUUUAGUUCAAUGAUACUUCGCUUUUGUUCAUGAUAUCAUAUUUAUUGCAUAUGGUUAAUUUUUACUGUGUUACAUUACGAUUUCUAAGUUGUAUGUUACUAUUCUGUGCUACAUGUAUCAAUAAUCACUAUUAUAUUAAAUUGUAUCAAUAAUCACUAUGCCUUGAUGAAAAUUGAUAGUACUUUUUGUUAUAGUGACAGAGCAGCGAUAAUUUGGUUGUAGAACAACACGGCUACAACUCUCUGAGCUUCAUGCCUAACGUGGCCAUUAGGUAGAUUGGUUACAUGUGAUGGCUGCAUGUCUCUAUACACAGUGUAUUUUACUAUGUUCAACGAUUUUCUUUAUUAUGCAGUAUCGAUUAUGACAUUAUGACGCGUUAGCCUUCUUUAUUUACUAUAAUUAAGACCGAAAUAAAGUAUUCAAAACGAACGGAAAGGGGCAAAAAGUGACUUGAUACACGUUGUGAAAAGGUCUAGAAUUGAUAUUUGACAAAUUUAGGGGUAAUGCUUCUCUUAUCUUAAAUUUGGUCCUAAUACUGCAUAUGAUAUUGUACCUGACGUUAUAGCGUGAUACAGCUGCAUGCCGCUAACCUUGCAUGCAGCAAGGGUUUUGUAAAAAUUAUCAGUAUGGACUAGCCAUUACAUUUCAAUAUUAAACUAUUCUAUUUAUGUAAAAUAUUUGCACUUUGUUUUUUUUUAAUCUGCUAGCCAAAGAUUUGCAGUAAUAGCGCUAUUGAAGUAGCCUAAAGUAACCGAAUGAAAAUUAUUAUUCAUUAUUAUUCAUUAAAUCGUAUGAAUGUUUUUUUGUCCGAAGAAGGCACAUCAAGCAUGACGUCAGAGACAAAUAGUCUAGCUUCCAGUUGUCUACGUCCGAUUUAACUUUAUACGAUUUUCCCAAAUACAGCAGAGCCCAAAGUUCUACUGAAACUAUAAGAUUUCCCCCUCCCAGAUGACACGGAUCUACAAUUUGGUGAAAAAAGGCAAUGGUAUGCAAAAGCUAUGUUUAAAAGUGAUGGUUGACUACACAAAUUGUUAUGUAGCCAGGUGCAUGGUUAUCAGAUGCCAGUGCAUGAUGUCACAGGAAUUUAGAGCCGAGCCUCCUAUGUUUUAUCGCUGAUUGACUCCUUCAUCUGCUGUUCAUCACCGCCAUCUCCUGACUUGAUUGGCAAAGAGGAUUCUUAAUCUAACUGUCAGUUAAUGACUCGUUUUUCAUGCAUUGUUGUAUUCAAUAACGAUCUACUCAAUAAACGGGGUUGGGUUUUCCCCAAAAAUAUCAGAUAGUCUAUCGUAAAUAUUGGCAUAUAUUGGCAAUAGUUCAUCGCCAUAAUUUUACCAAGUCAUAUUUUGCUUUAAAUUUUUAAAGACAUUUUCGAUAGCCAUUCUUAAUUCUUGUGUAUUUUGCCUGGUUCCAGCUUGAUUUGAUUGCAAUAAUUGCAUCGAGAAUGCUCCCUUUAAAAAACGUUGGCAUCUUCAGUAGCUUCCAAAUAACGGGACCGCCAGCACCACCAGGCAGAAUUGAGUGAUAAUGCAGCUUCCAGUUCACUAUGACACUUGCAUCUAAAUAGGCUGUGUUAUGCUUGUCCUAUUAGAUUGCAAGAUAACCAGUCAAUAGACAAGUUAGUUAAGCGUGUUGUACGUCAAAUGUUUACUUAAGCAAAUCAUUUAACAAAGAAUUUUUCAUUUACAAAGAAAAAACAAUUAACAUAUCUUUGUGAUGGGUAUAAAAAACAGAAACAUUACACGUCAAGAUCUUAUGUCAUAUAUUAAAAGUUUUUAUUUUCAGAUACACAUCGCAAAUAUCUACUGAAUUCAAAGUAUAGGUUCCGAAUCUUUGAUUGGUUGAGAGACUAAAUUCUCAAUACCAUGUUGACCAAUCAGAAUUCAAGAAUAUGACAACAAACAUGCCACGCAGCUAGAAUCAGGCCUAUUUCGCAC